AUGAUUAUGGACGUUCUGUACUGGCCCUUCACCAGCGCUGGACUGCUGGCUGAUCACCUUCCUUUGCCCCCUACAACCCCGACCUUGCCCGGGGGGACCACGCCUCACAAGAGAAAAGCACCUCCUCCUCCAAAGUCUCCUCGACAGGGUACACAGGCUUCCCCAGACCUGCAUCAAGGCCCAAUCCAGUGCUCAUUGCCCGACAACUCUACUUCUCCUUCUCCAGCCCCCAAGAUUCAACACUCCUUUCCAGACAACCUUGCAGAGGAUGAGGAAGUCUUUGAGGAGAUUCGCAGGCUAAGGCUAGAAAGAGGGCAUCUGCUACAGAAGAUUAAAACUCUGGAGCAGCAACAGAACAGCACCACCACUGCACUGGAGGAGCUAAGCUCGCUAAGAGAGUGCUUGAGACAGGCAGAGGCAGAGCGUGAUUGUCUGGAAGUAGUGCUGAAGGAGCUUGGAGGUGUUCGGCUCAGCGGUACAACCUGCAGCGCCGACGAUAUGCUGGACUUCCCUGGAGCAAACAGGCUGCUGUCCAAGCGGUCACAAUGCACAGAAGCAGAGAUGCCACCUGACAACCCAGAGAACACAUCCUGGGAGCAGAUGAACAGUGUAGAGCAGCUCUGCAGGCAGCUGGAGGAGCUUACUGCACAGAAUGCUGAACUGGUUCUCAAAGUGCAGAUGCUGGAGAUGUUUGAAAAGGAUGACACAGACUUUGUGCCCUUGACUGUCUAUGACACCUUAAAGAGAGAGUUUGAAAAGCUGCAGCAGCAAUACACCAAAGCUACUAAUAGCUUAAACACUGCAGAGGAUCCUGGGUCUGAGGAUAAUACUGAAGUAAGUGAGGUGGAGUCCAAGGAGGAGAAAAAACAGAAAAGCCUACAGCAACAGCUCACCUGUGCCCAUGCUGAGCUGGAGGAGCUGAGAAAUGAGAUGAAGCUGGGGAUCGAUUCUGUGACUGCAGGUUUAGCUGUUAACCAAUUCGGAGCUGAAGAGAAGGAGCCGAGCUCAGAAAUGCUGAGGUUGACAGACCGGGUGAAGGAACUGGAGGCAGAGCUGGCAGAGAAAGAGGAGGCAUGGAAGGAAGGGCUGAAUGAGAGUGACAAAACACAGCAAUUGAAGCAAAAGGUGGAAGAGUUAGAAGAAUAUCUGCAGGUGAAGGAGAAAGAGGCACGGGAUUUGAGUGAGUCUGUGGAGUAUUUAAAAAAACGAAUACAGGAGCUAGAAUUGGCCCUGGAGAAGGGCAAAGGGGAAGGUGAGGAGGAGGAGGAGUCAGCGGACAAAUUACAGACACGCGUGGCAGAGCUGGAAGCUGAACUCGCUAAGAGUGUUCCUCGUGAGCAGCUGGACGAAGUGCAGGUCACCCUGGGUCUCCAGCUGGAUCAGCUAGCUCGAGAGCGUUCUGAGCUGGCCCUGAGACUCAAUCAAGCUCUGCUGGAUCUGGAGAGACUUUGCCCUCCACCUCACACAGACAAAGAGGACAGCGAUGAAGAUAACAACAAGGCAGAGCAGUCUGAGAGCUACAAGCCAUCUGGUGUUUUGGGUGAUGAGUAUAUUCACUAGUUGCUUAGUAGAAGAACUUUGACUGCGGUUCUGGAAGAGUUGGAGGAGGCUAGCCAGCCAGACACAGAUGAAUUAAAUGACUUGUGUGGAGGAAUUGAAGACUUUGUUGAGAAUGCCCUGGAGAUGAAGGAUGCCGUACCACAAGCCAAACACCAGGAGGCACUGUCUGCAAUAAUGCAACAACUAGCUGAGACGGAUAGUAAACUGCAGGCUGAGAGGGCACUUUGUGAGCAUGCCCAUGCUGAAGUGGCCAGGCUGAAACAUGACCUGCUGGAGGCACAACAAGGCAUGAUCAGCAAGGAGGAACAUGAAAAGAUCAAGGCUGAGCUGCAGCACAGUCUAGAGGAGAGCCAGAGCGCUGUAUCAGAAGCACAGGAGGCUUUGAGUGCUAAAGAGCUGGAGCUGAAGGAGCUGCAGUCACAGAAAGCUGUGAAACUGGAUAUGAUAUCUAAAGAGGACCAUGAAGCCCAGAGGGUGUCACUGCAGGCUGAGAUCAACACGCUGUCUGCCUGCCUGGCUGACCUCACACGCAAGCAUGAGAAAACCUGCACCGAGGUGUUUCAAGUCCAGAGGCAGGCUCUUUUCAAUAAGAGCGAACGUCAGGCAGCCGAGACGCAGCUGCUCACGGUCCAGCAGCAGCUAGCAGACCUGCAGGCUCAGUCCGGCCACAUCCAGCAAUUGCACCAAGACAUCCAGGACUCAAAGGGGAUUAUCAAGGAGAAAGACCACAAAAUCACGGAGCUGUCGAAGGAUGUGUUCCGUUUGAAGGAGGCCUUAGGAGCUCUGACUCCACCAAUGGGUUUAUCAUCCAGUGCUGUUUCUGCUGGAAACCCGGGACAGCAGUUGGCGCUUCAAAACAGAGUUUCUGCUCUGACCCAGCAACUCCAGGACUGGGAACGCAAGCACAAAACAGUGGUGGCUACAUAUCGCUCUCACCUCUUAGCCGCAGUACAAGGUCGCAUGGAUGAAGAGGUGCAGGCUCUUCUGUACCAAAUCCUCAGAAUGACACAAAAUAACCAAAGCUAUUGAAAUAACUGACAUAGCUUAAACCGACAGCAACACCCAUUUCUUUGGCUAAAACCCUUUGAAGCCUGAAUCAUGGCCCAGUGAUGGAAAAAAAAAACAUACUCCAAAACCAGGCUCAGUAAUAACUGUGUCUGGGUUGUGAAACAGGACGUGAACUGAUUCUCCAGGACUCUGCAUUGCCAUGAUGGUCAAACAGUUGCAGAAUUUUUGAAUAUGAUAUAGUUAGAUUUUAUUUUAAUGAGGAUGAUAUUGUUCGUAAAGAUUUACACUAACAAAUAGAACACAAAGCAUUUUAAUGGAAGACUGGGAAGGUUAUAUUCAGAAUAAUAUGCUAUCGGUCAUAUCAAUGAUUCUUUAAAUACAACCUCAAAAAUACCUAAAUUCAUCUUAACAAAUUAAGAAUUAAGUCCUUACCGAUAUCAUACUUCAUUCUGAAAGUCACACGAUGACUUAUGAACUGAUUUGUAGCUUCUGUUUGAGGUGAAGAAGUGUUUUAUUACCACAUUGCUGGACUAUUUCUGAAUGUUUACCCUUCAUAAGACCAGAAAUCACUGUAGCCCAGGAGCACUCGUUUUUCAUUUACUUUUUUUGUACGCAGGAAGCAGUUAUAGCUGAUUGCACCUAUUUUUGUUUUCUUAACAAGAUCCAGGAUUGUAGAAUGUUACGCUCAGUGGUUUUGUAUGUAUUCCUGUUCGGUUUGAUGACCCAGGAAGUCCAGGCCAAUCCUGUCCUCCUUUUCUGUGUCUCUUUUCUCGAGAUCACUGAAGUGUGUUAUAUCAUCAUUUGGUAGACCUGAUUUAAAAUGCUGCCAAAUUGGAUGGGAACAGCUUUCUUCUGUUCACUUCGUUGGUGCCUCCAUUUUGUUUUUUUGUUUUUUUGUGAUGACAUGUUGCCGUAUUGUCUACGUUUAAGCUUUUCUUCGGGUUUUUUUUCUUUUAUAAAGAUGUUCUGGCAAAGUUUUUAUUCGAUUUGCAUGUUAUUUUGCCUUUGCUCACACCUGACGUUCUACCUGGUUAGUGUAUCACAGGUCCUAUUUGAGAAAUACACAU